UUUUUUUUUUUUGAAUUUUGAAUUUUGGGAUCGCACGUUCGAACCGGCAGGCGAGUGAGUCUCUCAAAUAUCAUGAAUCUCCCUAAAUUCCCCUCCACAAAUUUGAAAAAGGUGUUAUCCGAAACCUAUUUCUUCUCCAAUUCUUCCCCCUUCCUCUAUUUCUCUCUAAAUCUCCGUCGAUCCUGAUAACCCUUACCCAACUUUCAAACAUCAUGCUAUUAAAUCUCUCUUCCUCUUCUUAUUCAGUCAUUAAAUUUGCCAAUUCGAAGUCACCCUUCUCAGAUUUUUCAGUCAAGUACAGAACCCACUUCUCUAAAUCCCAAUUUUCUUCUUCAUUAUGUCAUUCUUUAACGUCAUCGGAGCUCAGUUUCAAGAACAGACACCAAAUCUUCUGGGAAAAGAGCAAAAUCCCAUGUCGGAGGAGCGGCGAUUUCAGGCUGUGGGCUUUUGCCGGAAUCGAUAUUGGAAGUGCUCAGUCGGUACUCGAGGCGGCGGCUGUGUUGACGGCCAUCAUUGUCGUUCACGAGAGUGGCCACUUCCUCGCCGCUUGUCUACAGGGUAUCCAUGUAAGUAAAUUUGCAAUUGGUUUUGGUCCAAUUCUUGCAAAAUUCAACAAAAACAACGUAGAAUACUCCAUUAGGGCUUUUCCUCUUGGUGGAUUUGUGGGUUUUCCUGAUAAUGAUCCUGAUAGCGAUAUUCCAAUGGAUGACGAAAAUUUGCUUAAAAAUAGACCUAUAUUGGAUAGAGUAUUAGUGAUUUCUGCUGGUGUUAUUGCCAAUAUAAUAUUCGCAUACAUAAUCAUCUUAAUCCAAGUCUCGUCGGUUGGUUUGCCGGUUCAAGAGCCCUUUCCCGGCGUGCUUGUGCCUGAGGUUCGAACCCUUUCGGCUGCUUCUCGAGAUGGGCUGCUUCCAGGGGAUGUGAUUCUUGCUGUUAAUGGAAAUGAACUGCCAAAAUUGGGUCCCACAGCCGUUUCUGAGCUUGUUGAGACAAUUAAAAGAAGCCCCAAUAGAACUGUUCUUCUCAAAGUUGAAAGAGGGCAACAGGAUCUUGAAAUUGGGGUCACUCCAGAUGAGAGUUUUGAUGGAACAGGGCGAAUUGGGGUUCAGCUUUCGCCUAAUGUAAAGAUUUCAAAACUUGUAGCGAAGAAUUUCUUGGAGGCUUUUAGCUAUUCUAGAAAGGAAUUUUUGGGUCUGUCAUAUAAUGUUCUUGAUAGCUUGAAACAAACUGUUCUGAAUUUCUCUCAGUCAGCCAGUAAGGUUUCUGGUCCUGUGGCCAUUAUUGCUGUUGGUGCAGAAGUUGCAAGGUCCAACAUUGAUGGGCUCUAUCAAUUUGCAGCUGUGCUUAAUAUUAACCUUGCUGUUAUAAACCUUCUUCCCUUGCCUGCUUUGGAUGGCGGCUCGUUGGCCUUGAUCCUCAUUGAGGCUGCUAGGGGCGGGAGGAAGUUGCCUCUAGAACUUGAGCAGCGAAUCAUGUCGUCUGGGAUCAUGGUUGUUGUACUUCUUGGGCUGUUCCUCAUCGUCCGAGACACGUUAAACCUUGAAUUUAUAAAGGACUUGUUAUGAUUAGACAAUGCUCGUUGUUCUUCUUGGGCUGUUCUUCAUCGUC